AUGGCAGGAAGUUUUUGCUGCCGUUUCCCAUGUAUCAUUGCGUCUUCUUUAGAACCAUCGCUUCACAUGUCACUUCCAUUUAAUGUACGUGCUACGUGGCCUUCGUCAAUUGGGUUUGCGACUCUUCAACGAGUAGCAAUUAUAGAUGAACUUCCCUCUUCAACUGCUCCUGUUAGGAGUAGAAGAGGUGAUAGAUUACGUAGUUUAGGAUCUAUAUCUAUUCGUGGUUCUACUUCUCAAACCAACGUUGCUAACCCUUCUUCUUCUAGAACUAGGGCUUCUUCAACUCACAGAUCUUCUGCCAGAAAUAGGGAUUCGAGUGAACCUAUUCGAGAACCAACUGUUGACGAAAUUAUUCCUGCAGAAUUUUCUUUCUCCACUGAUCGUGAAUCAAGUAGAAAUCAAGUUACUUCUUUGGUUAAACAGAAAUAUCGAAAACGAAAUGAUCAAGUUAUUCCUUUAACUGAUUUGUAUGGUCAAUCACACAAGAGGUUUUCUUACUAUGAAAUUGCUCGAGGGACUAACAACUUUGAAGAGUCGAAUUUGAUUGGAAAGGGAAGCCUUGGUAUGGUGUAUAAGGGGUCAUUUGCUAAUGGGGUUGUAGUUGCUGUAAAGGUUUUCAAUGCACAAGUAGAAGAUGCAUUUAAGAGGUUCGAUUCGGAGUGUAAGGUUUUGCGUAACAUUCGCCAUAGAAAUCUUGUUAAGGUGAUAAGUAGUUGUGCGAAUCUUGAUUUUAAGGCUUUAGUGCUAGAGUACAUGCCUAAUGGAGAUCUUGAUUAUUUGCUUUACUCUCACAAUAAUUUCUUGGAUUUAGUCCAAAGACUGAAAAUUAUGGUUGAUGUGGCUUCUGCCUUAGAGUAUUUACACCAAGGUCAUUCUCUUGUUGUGGUCCAUUGCGACUUAAAACCAAGUAACAUACUUUUGGAUGGAGACAUGGUAGCCAGAGUAAGUGACUUCGGUAUAUCCAAACUCUUGACGGCGCCUGAUCCAGAAUCUUAG